CAUAGCUUGCUUACAAACAUCAAGAGGUUUUUCGUCCCCGCCCGCCACGAGCCGCCUCAUAAAUGCGGAGAAGCGGAAGAAGCCAAAGGAAAGGAGCGCAAUCACUCUCCAGAUCCUGGCGCGUCUCCACGUAAGAGCAAGUGCCCGACGCCCGUAGGCGUCCCACAAGUGAGACACAGCGACCAGAUCCCUUCUUGGCUCCCCAUGGAGGACGUGGAGCCCGUGCCGCGCGAGGAGGAGCCGCAACAGGCCGUGGAAGACACACUGACCGAGUCAGAGACUCAGGAGCAGCCCAGUAAAGAAACGGAGACAACCCAGGAAGAUCAAGAGCCCGUCAAUGAAGAGGAAAAGGAUACGACCACCGAGGAGACCCCCGAGACUGAAGACACGGAGGUGAAGGCAGCGAUGGAGAAGCCUUCGGAGGCCACUGAGGAGACAGAAAAGACCGAGAUUGAAGCGACGGAGCUUUCUGAGGCCACUGAGCAGACGGAAGAGACCGAAAUUGAAGCUGAAAAGGACAGUGAGGCCGAAAAGGUAGAAGAAGCUACUGCAGCUUCAACAUCGGAGGAAGUUGAUGCGGUAACGGAGAAGCCAGAGACAGAUCCGACAACGUCAUCGACGCCAGCUGAGACGGGUCCGGAGACGGCAGCUGAAGCUGAACCGGCUGAGCCUGUGGGGCUGGAGAAACAGGAGGAUGAAAAGCAGUUGAAGGAGGAGGACACACAGAAGAUCGAACAGCAAGAUGGAGACGUAGCUGAGACCCAAUCGGAGGACGUUAAGGCGGAUCCGACGACGGAAAAUCCGCCACCAGAGGACGUUAAGUCGUCGCUGAAUGUGGACACCGAGGCGCAGCAGAACGCUAACCGUCAGAUGCAGUUCCCGUUCGCUCCAUCUAACUUCCUGGCGCCGUCUCCCACGCCUAUUCGCCCUCUGGACGGAGAUCCCCGUGCUAUGAAACCACAACAGGAAGGAGACGCAGCGAAUAGUGCAGAUACUCCGAACAACGCAAGCGGUAAUACACAGAACGACGCUGCUGGGGCCACCAGCUCGACAAGCAGCAACGCUGUAUCGCAGUCUCAAAUGUUCUACCACCAGACCAACGCGCCAUCGUUCUACACCACACCACAGGACGGCCCACCCGUUGGACCUGCGAUGAUGGAGCAAGGCCAGUCGAGCUCUGCUCCCAUGGCCAGCCAAAACACCCAGAACAACCCGAACUGGAACCCGCAAAUGGGACAGCAAGUGGCAGCUACAACCAGAAGCCCAUCGUCAGGACCCAACCAAGGAGGUGGCGAUCCAGGCUUGAACCCAGCGCCGUUUCCAGCGAAAUCCCUUGUUCCGCAGCGUUUGGACGACAAUUCGUAUGCCCUGGAGCGCGCGAAGCUGAGUCGCUUGGGCGCGUAUGCAAAAAAUGCGUCUACUCCGGCGCAAGCUAGCGCGCUCGCUGUUGAUGUUCUGCGAGCAUCGAUUGGUGCUGAAAACACAAGAGCACACGGGUGGAAGAACCAAUUCCCUGGCGAUGAGUACGAGGUCCUGCUUCAAAAGGGAUCUAUCGGUUUGUGCAUGAAUAUGAGUGUUCGCUUGGGCUCAGUUUCCGUGACAAGCUUUCGUCGACCCGAGUCUGGCUUGAUGGGACCUGCUGAAGCGAGCGGCAUGAUUGCGGUUGGCGAUGACUUGAUUGCUGUGGAUGGCUUUCUGGUUCAGAGCCAGGAAGACUUUGCUCGCGUGGUUUCCCGUCUCAAGUCGCUCCGUCCAGUUUUGUUGCGCUUCCGACGGCCUGGCGGUAAUGGGCUUGUGAGCAGCAUGAGCCGAGAUGUCCACGGAUACAGAAAGGGACAGCAAAUGUCGCUUGUUGGCUUGGACAACGCUCAAUUAUUCACGGCUGGAAUGUGGCACUUAGGCGUCAGGUACAUCUCACCAAACCGGUGGGCAGCGGAGUUGCACGUGGAUGGCGGUGGUAUUCGACGUCUUGGAACCUUUUCUACGGAGAAAGAAGCAGCAAGGGCGUACAACCAGUACAUCCUUCAAACUUACGGCAAUGGAGCAGUCCAGUUCAUGAACCCUGCUGGCACCAGUGCAAGUGGAAAUGGCCCCGCUGCAAUGUCAAACAUGCAGCAGGUCCAGCGCCGGAGACCACUUCUUCGUGCUGCAUUCUCGGCAGAACAGAAAGAGCAGCUGCGUGCUCAGAUUAUGGUGUUCAAGUUUACGUCAACUGGUGGCAACAUCCCGAACGAGAUCUUGAGUCGUGCGCUGAAGACGACAGCCCACAACUACAUCCAGCCGAAUGCGAACAGGAAUAAGAGGAAGAACUUUGCUCCUACUGUUAUUGCGAAGCCAGCCAAGAAGAAAAAACGUGGCAAAAAGAAGAAAGCGUAUUCCGACGAGGACGAGGACGAAAGUGAUUCCGACGAUGACUACUCUGGGCCGAAGGUUUUGACGGAGGAGAAGCCGGCUCGACGAUCCGGACGUAAUCUUGGCAAGGCGAAGAAGAAGUAUAACGUUGAAGAGAAGCUUGACUUCGAGCUCAGUGAUGAAGAGAAACCUGAAAAGCCCAAGCAAAAGGAAGCCCAGAAGGGCCCACAAAUCGACAAAAUCGUGAGUGUGCGCUUCCACAAGAGCAGCGCGAAGGACACGGACGUGUCGAUGGAGUUCCUGAUAAAGUGGAAGGAUACUUCAUACCUGCACGUAAGUUGGCUCUCUGUCAGAGAGAUCGAGGAAUUCGGCCAGCACGCUAUCCAGCGCAUGAAGCGGCAUCUUCAGAAGAACAGCCGCUUAGUGGAGGAGGCAAGAGAGACCGUCGUCGUAGGCGAAGAGAAGGAUCUCAGCAACUACUUCAGUGACUCGUACAUCGAAGUGGACCGUAUUCUGAAUGCCAAGGAGGUCGAGGAGCCCGAGGAAUCGAACCCGUACCUCGUUCAUCUUCUUGAAAAAGAAGCCAGUGAUACUGAAGACGAACCGAAGGUGCCAAAGAAGAAGGGUAUCAAGUACCUGGUGAAGUGGCGCGACAUGAGCUACGUCGACUGCACUUGGGAGUGGGAAGACCAGCUCACUGAUGACCGUAAGAUCGCCGCCUUCCAUCGUUUCAACCACCCUCCGAUUAUCAAUGGCGCUCACCCUGCAACGUACUCCGAUGUUCGUCCCGAGCCGAACACAUGGGCAAAGUACCAAGAGUCUCCUGUCUACAAUAAUCAGAAUACGCUGCGAUCCUACCAACUUGAAGGUCUCAACUGGCUAACGUUCUGUUGGUACAACCGCCGCAAUUGCAUUCUCGCCGAUGAAAUGGGUCUGGGUAAGACUGUCCAAGCUACUUCGAUCCUCGAGCAUUUGCGUCAACGCGAGUUUAUUCGAGGCCCGUUCUUAGUUGUUGCUCCACUUGCAACACUGGGUAAUUGGAAGCGAGAGAUCGAGACGUGGACGACAAUGAACUGUGUUGUGUAUCACGAUUCGGAAGGAGGAUCCGACAUCCGCGCGUUUAUCCGAGAGCAAGAGUUCCACUUUGCGAGUGAAGCUCAUCGCAAACGAGGUAUUUACAAGUUCAACGUGUUGGUUACAUCCUACCAGACGCUUAUGAUGGAUGCCGAGUUCCUCGAGCCCAUUCAUUGGCGGUAUAUUGUGAUUGAUGAAGCUCACAAGCUGAAAAACCGUGAGGCCAAGCUACUUCAGGUGCUACAUGGCUUCACAUGGGAUUCAUGUCUACUCAUGACGGGUACGCCGUUGCAGAAUGGCGUGUUCGAGCUGUGGUGUCUGCUCAACUUUAUUGAGCCUGAAAAGUUCCCGAGCCAGCAAGAGUUUUACGACGAAUUUGGCGAUCUGAAUACUGCUGAACAGGUUGCUCAGCUGCACGAGCAGUUGCGACCGUACAUGUUGCGUCGUGUGAAGGAGGAUGUGGAGAAGAGUAUCCCGCCGAAAGAAGAAACCAUCGUUGAUGUGGAGCUUACUACCAUGCAGAAGAAGUAUUACCGUGCUAUCUUUGAGCGCAACCGUCAGUUCUUGAACAUGGGCGCGACAGGUACAGUCGCCAAUCUGGUGAACGUUGAAAUGGAACUACGCAAGUGCUGCAACCAUCCGUUCUUGAUUCGCGGCGUGGAAGACAAGGAAUGCGCGGGUUUCGAUGAACAACUGCGAAUGAAGAUCUUGAUUCAAGCAAGCGGCAAGACUGUGUUGCUGGAUAAGCUGCUAACGAAGUUCCGCCAAGAAAAGAAGAAAGUGCUGAUCUUCUCGCAGUUCAAGAUCAUGUUGGAUAUCAUCGAAGACAUGUGUCAGCUACGAGGCUACAGCAUGGAACGAUUGGAUGGUUCUGUUCGCGGGAACUCCCGCCAAGCGGCGAUUGACCGAUUCAACAACCCGCAAUCGGAUACGUUCGCGUUCUUGUUGAGCACCCGCGCUGGUGGUGUGGGUAUUAACUUGAUUGCGGCCUCGGUUGUGAUCCUGUUUGACAGCGAUUGGAACCCUCAGAAUGAUCUGCAAGCUGUUGCGCGUUGUCACCGUAUCGGACAAACGCAAUCAGUAAACAUUUAUCGAUUAGUGACGAAGAAAACGUACGAAGCGCAGAUGUUUGAGAUCGCUUCGAAGAAGCUCGGAAUGCACCACGCUGUGUUCGAGACUGGUGGAGUACGCAAUGAGUUCGACGGUGAAGAUGACAGUAGUGGCAAUAUGAUGUCGCUGAUGUCUCUAGACCGUGAUAAGGUCGAGAUGAUGAUCAGGUACGGAGCGUACGCUAUCAUGGGCGAAGAGGAUGAGCAGGAUCCCGAGAAUCGUGCUAUCAAUGAGCUGGAUAUCGAUCACCUGCUGCAAACUAGUCGUACGAUUCGAUAUGACCCUACGAAAUCUGGCGAGAACGCGGAAGGAGACGAGGACAACAGCGCGGACGGCGACAGCGAUGCGAAGCCUACAACUGCUUCUCAAGCCUCUGCUCUGUCGUUUUCCAAGGCAACGUUCACAUCCGAAUCUGCUGACACGACAAUCGAUUUCAAUGACGAAAAGUUCUGGGAGAAGGUCCUUGGUCCGAAGCCAGUGCAGGUGCUCAUGACGAAGGUCCAAGAAGGCUGGCUCAAGACAGCCUCACAAGACGACGUCAAGGAGUUCUUAUCGCAGUUACGUGAACUGGCUCGGGCUGUUGUUAAGGAACGGCAACGAGGCAAGUCUCUAGCUGACGCGGAUCAAGUGCUGGCGAUCCUGAUUGAGCUGAAGGUCACUGGUUGCGUAAUCAAGGGAGUUGUGAACGUCCGCGAAGUCGCCACUGAGUGGCUCCAGGUGAUUGAGCGACCCAGACGUCGACGUAGCCAAGACGUUGGGGACCAGCUGAUGUAUCUGGAGUUCCUGGACGGACCGAAGGAGAAGCCUCCUAAAACCAAGAAGGGAGGCGCUCGUCGCAAGCGGACACCGAAGGCGAAUGGCAGAAGCAAGGAGCAUAAGAGUUACAAGAGUGACGACGAAGAACUUGGCGAGGACGAAAUUGAUCUGCCCAAGCGCAAGAAAGCAGCCCGCCAAGCGUCUGGUGGUAGGAGCUCGAGAGGCUCGUCACCUAGUGGACGUGGCGUGAGUGGUAUUCACAUCUCACUCAAGCGAUCGAACAGUACCGAGGAUUUCGGUGUCGUAAAGGUGUCGAGCAGAAUCAAUAAGGUGCAGAAGAAGCUCGAUAAAUCUCCUGACGAUGCUGAUGCGCCGUCAACUCCAGCAAGAAGCAAACAACCUGUUCAAAGGCAGAAGGCAGAGGAGGACGACGGAGAAGAGCACUUAAGCGGUUCUGAGGAAGAGGAAGAAGAGGAGCAUGAAGAGGAAGAACACUUGAGCGGCUCUGAGGACGAGGAAGAUGAAGAAGAUGCGUACGAGGAAGACGAAGAACCUGAAAAGCCCCGGGGUCGCCCGCGCAAGAAGGCAAGAACGGGCAAGUCCCGGAAAGCUGUAAAGGACAUCGUUGAUCCCCAGGAGGACGAAGAGAUGUGGUGCCGUGUAUGCUUCAGUGACCAAGGCUUCCUCGACGAUCCUAUCGUACAGUGCGAGAAGUGCUCCGUCGCCGUUCACCAGUACUGUUAUGGAAUUGAAUCAGUGCCCGAAGGAGACGAACCGUGGUUCUGCGACUUUUGUACCGAGCCGAACGGGCCAUCAGCCGAUGCGACGUGUGAGUUGUGUCCUCUAAAGCGCCAGAAGAGUGCCUUCAAGAAAACAGUCGAGGGCAAGUGGGUCCACGUGGUGUGCGCUCUGUGGGCCCCUGGUGUUCAAUUUUCCGAUGUGGAGCGCAUGAGUGGAGUAAAACACGUGGCUACUGCCGUCGAGGAGCUCAAGGGCUCGACUUGUGCCUUGUGCGAGAAGGAAGGUGGCUGCAUCAAUUGCAUGCGCGGUGGCUGCGAAACGUACUUCCAUCCGUUGUGUGGUCGUGAAACCAAAGGCGCAUACGAUAUGUUUAUGAAAGAAGGGGGACAGUUGCAAGCGUUCUGCCAGAAGCACCGAACGCACCGGAAGCGUAGUUAGAUAUUACGAGGUUUCGAGUUUGAUCCACCCUACAAGUCUUGACUUUUACGGCAUCUAUGAUAAUGUAGCAGACUGGUUUACCGUUGUGUAGCACUCACUCUGUGUUGUCAGAUCACAGCAGCUCGUACUCGCGGAUAGCUCGUUCAAGUUGGGAGUCAAAUUGCCGGAUCCAAGACGGAUCAAGAAAGCGGUUGGACUUCUUGGUCCACUCAAGUUCGUCCAGUGCCUUGGUAAGAUGAUGGUACGAUAUGGUGCUUUUGUUUGAGCUGCGAGUCUGUGAUUGAGAGCUCGUAGGAGGAGAAAUCGCCGUUGAAGCUCCAGC